ACACACACACUCCGCACCAUGUGACUAUGUUGUGAUAUAGAACGUUCACAUUUAACAGACCUGAGUUUAACACCAAGAAACAAAGUCCUUCCAAACUCCUGAGACCAGCCACUGCUUCAACCAAAACAAAAACACAAACAUGAGGUCUGUAACCUUGUUUACAAUAACAGGAAGAAGUGAUUAAAGAGUAUGGCUGGAUCAAGACCAGAGUUUGCGAUCACCUUCCUGGAGGACUUCAGGGAGGAGAUCAUCGCUCGAACAACAUGCCCUGAAGACAUUGUAGAAGCCUGGACGUCCCAAGAGCUGAUCUCAGAAGAGGAGAGGGCAGCCAUCAGUCAUGCUUUAACACCAGCAGACCAAAUGAGGGCGCUGUUUGACACUGUGGAGAGAGGGACACCACAGAUGCAAUCCAACUUUUACCAUCUUCUGAAGGAAAAGGAGGCUGAGCUUGUGGCAGAGCUGGAGAAAAGAUGCCUUAACAACAAGCUGACUCAAACAGAACUGACAUGGACACAGGCCAAACCAGAAAUGAACAUUCAAUCUAAAAAGGGGACAAUUAUAAGACAGAAACAACUCAUACAUGAAAUAAUCAGUGAAGCUAGAACCAUUUGGAAAGACAGGAAGCUGGAGAAGGAGGCGUUCCACAUUUUAAACAAAGCGACCAGAUUAAUGAAAGAGAUCGAACAGCUCUGGGAAACGAUGGAACAUGAGGAGAAUGCACAAAAAUACAAAAAUGAUAUGGAUAAAAAUUACAUAAAUGAAAUGCAUUUAAAAGUCCAAAGUGAAAAAUGGGAGUUGGAACAGAUAAAAACUGAAAUUCAGAUAGAGAAAACGAAGUUAGAACAAGAUCGACAGGUCGCUAAGGCAGAACUGGAUGAAUUAAACAAUUUGAGAGAAAACAUUGAAAUACAAAAUAAAGAGCUAGAUGAGAAGUUAUGCCGUAUGAAGACACAGAUCCGCGAGAUGGAAGCAGCUAGCGCAGAGGCAGUGUUGAGAAAAAAAGACUUGAUCAAAACUAUGAAGAUCAACAGGAGAAAACAGGGAAGCUUGGUUAGGAUGAAGGAGGAGGACACAAACACACAAAUCAAAUGGAUCAACGUCCAAAUCCGAAAGAAAGAACGACGUCUAGACCAGCGAUUGGAGAGGAUCGUGAGAGAGAGGGAUGAACUGGACAUUGUAAAGGUUAAGGUGGAGCGGCAAAGACAGGAGCUGGAGCGGAGGAUGGAGGACAUGGUGAACAAGAUGGCUGCUGUGGCUCAUUUGAAGGACAGUAUGAAGACGACGGCGGAGGAGAUGGACAGCACCAGAGCGGAGAUGCACGAGGCUCAGAAGGAGGCUCGUGAGAAUCAGGAGCAAGUGAAGCGACAUGUGGAACUACUGAAAGAUCUGAAAGUUAAAGUUGACAGAUGGGUUGCAAAAGAAAAACAAAAACCAGCACUUCUGAGAGUCGAUGUCCAGCAAGAAAACAUGAUGGAAAGUGAAGAACGAGACAUCGAAGAAGCAAUCUCUUUUCAAAGCGAAGACAAAACAAUAUUGAUUGAACAAGAGAUUGAGAACAUCGAAUCCCAAAUCGCUCAACUUAAGGACGAGGAGGAGAUGAUGAGAGGACAAGUCAGGUCAGAUAUGGACAACAUGGCAGCUACAAGUAAAGACAUAAAACAGCUAAUCGAAGAAAUAAACGAACUGCAAACCCAAGACACCAAGUCAGAUUCAGACGACAAAACAGCACAAGUAGAAACACCUGGGUUGUUACAAAAAACCUUACACACAUUUCGAACGACAUUCACUUCAAUUUGGGGACGAAAAGAAAAGACUGUUAUUAUACAAGAGACGCACAAACAAGAAGAAACGGAGGAGCGUGAUGCAAUGGGGUCAAAUGUUGAAGAUGGCGGAUACUCUGCUAAUGACAUCGAAAGGCUGAGAGAAGAGAUGUUUGCAACCAUAGACAUAAUUAGAUCAGUGAAGCUGGAGCUCAUGCCAGAAUCCAAAGACUGUUUCGUAGAGGAAGACUUUGAGCCCGGAGUAGACAUUGAAACGCUGCUACAAGAGAUAAAAGAAUUUCAAGAGGUUUUAUUCAUGAUUAGAGAUGACAUGCUGCACCUGAAGGAGGAAAUGAGUAACAUCAAAACGUUAAAAAUCAUGGCGAAGAAACAACGACGCGAUCUGGACCAGAGGUUAGAAAGAACGCUGAGAGAGAGAGACGAGGUAGACAUUUUGAAACUGAAAGUUCAAAGUCAACAGGAUGAUCUUCAGCAGAAAAUAGACAGAAUACAACAUGUCAAAGAAAUAAUGGAACGAAUGUGUGAAACGAUACGAAAACGAAGUGCACAGCUGAUAAAAGAGAAUGAAAUAUUACUGGCUUUGAUACAAGAGCUUUUCCACAAGUCGGAGGGCAAAAAACAAGACCUGGAAACCUUGAAAAUGCUAAUACAAAGCGAAUGGGUGAAAAUGCGAUCAGAAAUGAGUGAAAUUUGUAAAAUUAACCAAAUUAUUCAGACUCAAAAACAAGAAUUGGAUGAUAAGAGGCACUUGACCAAAAAUGAAAUGAAAGAAAUGGAGGUGCUCAAGGCCGAGCUGGAGGUACGGAGGAGAGAGAGUGAACAGGCUUUCAGAAAGGCUACGAGGAAAAAGGCCGAACUGGAAAACAUGUGGAGUAAUAUACAAGAAGAGAGGGAAUCGCUGAGGAGAGAAAGCAACAAAAAGAAGAGAGAGCUGGAACAGAGGUUGGAGAGGACUAUGAGAGAGAGGGAUGAGCUGGAGAGAGUGAAAAUCAAAGUGGAGAGGCAGAGGGAGGAGCUGUCUGGGGAGGUGGAAGUCAUUAAGAGAGAGAGGGGAAACAUUCAAAAACAGCUCACGUUAAUUCAACAGCAUGAGGGAAGAGAAGGUUCAGUGGAAAUAGGAAGUGGGGCUGUGUCUGUUAAUCAGUUUCUUAGCAACUUUCAAAAUGUGAAGAAAAACAUUGACAGGGGGUUCGAGAUGAUCGCUAUGGAGAUUAAGGAAUUUUUGGAAAGUGUGAAAAUUGAUUGGCGAAAGCAGUGGGAAUACAUACAGGAAUUGCAGUCGGAAAGCAGGAACAUACGGGACAAAUUGGACACAAUCAAAUCUCAAGUUUGUGUAAUACAAGAACAAAAAAGCCUCCAAGGCAGAUCUGAGAAAGAGGAGAUUAGUCAAGAAAAAGCAGAGUUGGAUUUAACUUUGGAGAAGGUGCGAAGAGAAAUGCGCGAGAUGGAAGUUUUGAAAUCAGAACUGGAGUUGAAGAGAAAUGAAAAUGAACAAAUGAUCCAAAAAGGGAUUAACAAAGAAGAGGAGGUAAAGGUGUUGUGGGCUGAGCUGCAGAUAGAGAGGGAUGCUCUGAUGAAACAGAGGACUGAAGUGGACCAAACAUGGGACAGCGUAAACCAAGAGAGGGGUCAGCUAGAGGUCACGAAACUGCUUCUACAACAAGAGCAAACCAAAAUGGAUCCGAUAACUUCAAAUGAAUUAUACCAGAAGAUUCAGAUGUGUGUGGAAAAGAUGAACAAUAUGAAACAAUAUUUGAACAAAAUGGCAGAUGCUUUCAAGAUGGAAACCAAACACCUUACAGAUCAGAGAGACUUUCUAUACAUGUCUAAAGAGGAAGUGGAGAGAAUUAAAAUGGAGAUGAGAAGACAAAAAGAUAUGUUGACUGGCGUGACAAAGCUGAUGCAGGAAAAACAGAGAUAUUGGACCCAAGUUGAGGCAGAAAUUGAGAAUGAAAAGCAGAGAAUUGCUCAAAAUUUAGAGGAUUUGGAGAGAGAAAGGGAAAAAUUUAAAACGCAGGCUGCAAUGUUCAAAGCUGACAAAGCAAAAAUAACAGAUAAGGAAAUUGGGACUCUGGGUUUAGAUGAUGGAAGAGAAAGUGUGAUCAAAUCUGAGAAGAAACAAGAUGAAAGUGUAGAAACGAUACAAGAAGUAGCCAAAAUUCAACCAAAAUGGCAGAAAGACCAAGGCGCUGAGGGAAUAGCAGCUUCACCGAUGGAGGACAGCGAACACCUAAUGCAAAUCAAAGCUGAAAUACAAAAAGAACGGGAGGAGCUGGCCAGAUUCAGAGAGACGAUUGAAAAAGAAAUAUCCGAGUUGGAGUUAAUGAAGUUAGACAUGCGCUUGCAGCUUAACCUGAUUGAACAAGGCAAGCAGAGUAUAAAAGCGGAAAUGGACCGGCUCAGUGCAGCAAAGGCAGAGAUGGAGAGCAGAAGAAAACGCAUUGAUGAGCUUCUAGACGAGGUAAAUUGUGAAAAAGACAGCGUUAAAGAUCUGUCGCUUCAGAUUAGCGACACAAAGGAAAAAAUGGGAAAAUUCAAACUGACUUCCUUGCAACAGAAAGACAAAGAGGAGGAUCAAGACAGAAUGAAGGCGGGUAUUGUUGCAAAGACCAAACAAUUCGAUGAUCUCAUUAGGAAUUUCAAUGAAAUGAAAGCAGGGGCUGAAAAGGCCAUUAUACACACCAGGGAAGAGAAUGAGCAGCUUAAUACGAUAAGGAGAGAUGUUGAAGACACAAGACAGAUGCUAAUGCAAGAAAUUAAAAGAAUAAGAGAACAACUGCCAGUGCUGAAAAUUAACUUGAGAGAAAAAUGUGAGCAAGUAAUGAAAGAUCAAACUGAGGUCAUCAAAUCCAAAAUUCAAAUAAUAGAGGAAAAACAAGAAGCAGUUGGAAAAAUAUGGGAUGGACUGAGAAAAAAUCAAAUACAGUUAGAGCAUGAGAGAAACAAAAUGGCGGCAUGUGUUGACCAAGUCGGUAAAGAAAAGCAGCGAUUGGUCAGUUUGAAGUCACAACCGAAAUUAGAAGGAAAAACCAAAAUAGAUGUAACUGAAAUGAUUGAAGAUUUGCCUUUAGUGAGUGAGAUCGUACAGAGAAAAACUGAAUUUGAAAAUGCAUUGGCAAAUCUUCGCCAAAUGGAAGAAGAUAUUCGAAGUUCUUUAUAUGAGAUAAAAGCAGAGAAAGCCAAUCUCCAAGUCUUGGCCAAUGAAGUUCGGGCACAAAAGGAAACAUUUCAAAACAUAGUCACUGCCGCUAAACAAAAGGGAAGGAGAGGCAGUAAACUACUCCGUGAUGACAGACAAAUAGAAAGAAAAUUAUCUGAGUUGAAAAUCAAAGAAGAGCAGCUUGAAAUCAUGAAAAUAAAACUGACAGAAUUCGCAAAACAAAUUUGUGGAAAUGUGAAAGAAAAACUGAACAAAUUAGAUCGUUUAAAAGAUUCCAUGGAGCAGGGAUGCACAAAUCUGAAUGAACAGCAGCAACAACUGGAAAAUUUAAAAGCAACAAUCCACAGAGAGACCAAAUCUAUUCAGAGCGUAAUUUCCAAGGAAGAACUGAGAUCUAGAGUUCAAUUUGACAUCUUAAAAGAACAAAGUGAUCUUGAAAAAUUGAAAACUCAACUAAAACAGGAGAGAGAAAGUCUGGAUUCAGAAAAAGUCAAGUUGGAUGGUGAAAGAAUGGAGUUGGAGAUGAGGAGAUCUGAUAUUGACAGAAAACUUGAUCUUCUGAAGCAGCAAAAACAGGAUUUUGAAAAAAGAAAGGUUGACAUUUUGGAAAAAGACUCAAAACUUGCAGCAGAAAGAAUGGAACAUAUGGAAGCUGGGAUGGACAUAGUUGACACAGAAACUGGAAAACCAGACAGUCAAAUGCAUGGAUUAAUGGUAGACAUGAGACAAGUUAUUAAUACAAUGCAAACUGUUAAACAACAAACUGAAAGAAUGGGUGCAAACGUGCAAAAUAAAAUUGAUCGAAUUGAGGAAUUACGGAUAAUAUUUGAACAAAAACGAUCACAACUUAAUAAACGAUGUGAAAAAGUGACUGCAGAUGCACAGGCGUUCAGAAGACAUGUACAAAGUUUGAGCAGAGAAUUCUUGAAAACGAAAAUUAUGAUGAGCUCUGAGCAAGUAAACAAACUGGAACAACUUCAACAAUCUAUUCGAAAGGAACAAAAUGAACUGAGGUUGACUGCAAACAAGCUACAGGAAAAUAAAGAAAGCAUCAGCAGUUUGAUCGCUGAAACUAGCAAGGACAAAAGUUCUAUCCAGAUAUUGGCCAAUCUGGUGCAGAGAGAGAAGGGGCGUUUCCAGAAUAUUUUGAGCAGUGUCCAGGAGAAAAAUCAAGAGACAUAUCAAGAUAAGGCGACACAAACACAGGAGGAGGCAGCGAUAAAAACAGAGGAAGAGCAAAGAAUGGAGAAAGAUGGACGAAGACACCAGGCAUAUCCAAAACAACCCAAAUUUGAAACCAUGACUGAAAAAUGCCUUAAACUGGAAAACAAAAUGGAACAGCUACAAAAAGAUGGUUCAGUUCUCCAAGCGUGCAAUGAUCUAGAGAAGAAAUGUGUAGCACUUGAUCGAGAAAAACAAAAUAUAGUAGCAUGCAGCGAAGUGUUGAGAACUGAAAAGACAAGUUUAAGUGAUAAAAUAUCUGAUAUACUAAAGCACAUACAAGGAAAGAAGGAGGAGUUAAAGGCCACUGUGGUCUCUGCUGAAGAAACAAGUCUUAUUCCAGAACAGGAUGAGGUGUCUGAUAUCAACCAACAAUAUGCUAUGCUCAAAAAACAUAAUGAAAAUAUGACAAAGCACUAUAAGAAGUUGGAGGCAGAUAGAGCAGAGAUGCAAAACACGAGAGAACAAGUGAAGAUUUUGCUUAAUGAGAUAAUGACGGAGCAAAGCAAGAUUAAAGAUUUGGCAAGUGAUGUUCAAAAUGUGAAGAAAAGUUUAAAUGAUUCGAUAGAGAUUCAAAGUGGAAAUCAACAGGAAAUACAGGAUUUAAAAGAGAAAUUGAAUGAGGACAAGAAAGAGUUUGAACUUUUAAAACAGGAUCUAAAUGGAAAGAGAGAAGAGACUGAAGCCGCCAUGAGAAGUGUUCAUGAAGAAAGGAACAAAGUUGAAGAAAUCAAACUUUGCUUAAACAAAGAACAAGAGGAUUUGAAGAAUGAAAAAGACAAAUUGAACUUGAAGAAAAUCAACCUCGAACUCAAAGAGACUACACUGAAGAAGCACAGUGAAGAUAUGACAAAGUAUUAUAAGAAGUUGGAGGCAGAUAGAGCAGAAAUGCAGAACAAAGGAGAACAAGUGAAACUUUUGCUUAAUGAUAUAACGAUGGAGCAAAGCAAGAUUAAAGGUUUGGCAAGUGAUGUUCAAAAUGUGAAGAAAAGUUUAAAUAAGAAAUUGAAUGAGGAAAAGAAAGAGUUUGAACUUUUAAAACAGGAUCUCAGUGGAAAGAGAGAGGACACUGAAACUGCCAUGAGAAGUGUUUAUGAAGAGAGAAAUAAACUUGAAGAAAUGAAAAUUAACUUAAACAAAGAACAAGAGGAUUUGAAGAAUGAAAAAGACAAACUGAAGAAACACAAUGAAGAUAUGACAAAGUUCUACAAGAUGUUGGAGGAAGAAAGAGAAGAGAUACAAAACAAGAGAAAACAUAUGAACCUUUUGUUUAAUGAGAUAGUGAUGGAGCAAAGCAAGAUUAAAGAUUUAGCAAGUGAUGUUCAAAAUGUGAAGAAAAAUCUAAAUGAUUCCAUAAAAAUCAUUCAAAGUGGAAGAGAAAAAAUGGAUGAGGAAAAGAAAGGGGUUGAACUUUUAAAACUGGAUCUCAAUGGAAAGAGAGAAGAGACUGAAGCUGCCAUGAGAAGUGUUUAUGAUGAGAGAGUGAAACUUGAAGAAAUGAAAAUUAACUUAAACAAAGAACAAGAGGAUUUGAAGAAUGAAAAAGACAAACUGAAGAAGCACAAUGAAGAUAUGACAAAGUAUCACAAGAAGUUGGAGGCAGAUAAAGAAGAGCUACAAAACAAGAGAAAACACGUGAACCUUUUGUUUAAUGAGAUAACGAUGGAGCAAAUCAAGUUUAAAGAUUUGACGAGUGAUGUUCAAAAUGUCAGGAAAAGUUUAAACAAUUCUAUAGAAAUGAUUCAAAGUGGAAGAGAAAAAAUGGAUGAGGAAAAGAAAGAGUUUGAACUUUUAAAACAGAAUCUCCAUGGAAAGAGAGAAGAAACUGAUGCUGCCUUGAGAAGUGUUUAUGAUGAGAGAAAGAAACUUGAAGAAAUGAAAAUUAGCUUAAAUAAAGACCAAGAAGAUUUGAAGAAUGAAAAAGACAAGUUGAACUUGGAGAAAAGCAACCUCGAACUCAAAGAGACUACACUGAAGAAGCACAGUGAAGAUAUGGCAGAGCAUUAUAAGAAGUUGGAGGCAGAUAGAGCAGAAAUGCAGAACAAGAAAGAACAAGUGAACCUUCUGUUUAGUGAGAUAGCGAUAGAGCAAAACAAGAUAAAAAAUCUGGCAAAUGAUGUUGAAAAUGUGAAGAAAAGUUUAAAUGAGAAAUUAGAUGAGGAAAAGAAAGAGUUUGAACUUUUAAAACAGGAUCUCAGUGGAAAGAGAGAGGACACUGAAACUGCCAUGAGAAGUGUUUAUGAAGAGAGAAAGAAACUUGAAGAAAUGAAAAUUAACUUAAACAAAGAACAAGAGGAUUUGAAGAAUGAAAAAGACAAACUGAAGAAGCACAAUGAAGAUAUGACAAAGUUCUACAAGAAGUUGGAGGAAGAAAGAGAAGAGAUACAAAACAAGAGAAAACACGUGAACCUUUUGUUUGAUGAGAUAACGAUGGAGCAAAUCAAGUUUAAAGAUUUGGCGAGUGAUGUUCAAAAUGUCAGGAAAAGUUUAAACAAUUCUACAGAAAUGAUUCAAAGUGGAAGAGAAAAAAUGGAUGAGGAAAAGAAAGAGUUUGAACUGUUAAAACAGGAUCUCAAUAAAAAGAGAGAAGAGACUGACGCCGCUAUGAGAAGUGUUUAUGAAGAGAGAAAGAAACUUGAAGAAAUGAAAAUUAGCUUAAACCUGGAAAAACAAGAUUUGAAGAAUGAAAAAGACAGAUUGAACUCAGAAAAACAAGACCUCAAACUUAGAGAGGCUCAAAUGAUGGAAAAUACAAAGACUGUGGAAAAACUGAGAGACGGACUCAAUAAUCUUAAACAAAUGGACUUUGAAAGCAAAAUACAAAAUAUAGACAAAAUGGAAAAGAAUGUGCAGGAUUUGUUUGGUAAACUGCUUUUAGAAAUACAAAGGAAUGAAGAGAGGAGAGAAGACAUAAAGGAGUGCUUACGUCAGAUACAGAGAACAAGAUCUGAAGUGCGUAGUCAGUCAGAAGAAAAGAAGAUAAUUGUUGAAAAGCAAAGUAUAGAAAGAAAAGAAGUUAGAUUGCCAGAAGUAAUCAAAGAAGAAAACGUGGGUUUGGAAAAGUUAAUGGAAGAGAUGGAAAUGUUAAAACAACUUGGAGAAAACAUGAUAAGGGACAGAGAUUUGAUCAAAAAGACAAAAGAUGAGUUCUUAAAGCAGAAGGAACACAUCGACAGUUACUUGCUUGAGGUCCGCACAGAGAAGGCCAAAAUUCAAGAAACAGCCAAUCGGAUUCACUCUCAGAAACAAGAACAUGAGAAGGUCAUGCGAGAGUUGCAAGAGAAGCGAACUGAAAUGGAGACACGGCAAAGUGAAUUUAACCUUUCUAAAGGGUUGUUGGAGGCUGAUAGAGAACAAGUGUUGAGGUUGAGGAAUGACCUAGAACGAAAAAGACAAGAAACCGAUGCAGAGAAUCAACUGCUCCAAGAAACCAGACGGACUUUACAGAUUGAAAAGCAACGACUGGAAGAUGAAAUAAAAGAAUUUAAUCGUAAAAAAGAAGAGAUGCUGACUGCUAUAAAGCUGAAUGAGGAAAAACUACAGCUUCAGAAAAUGCAGACAGAAUUGGAAAAGCAAGGACAGGACAAACAGUAUGAACCAGGCAAACUGAGGCCACAUGAAGAACUUAAACAAGAUUUGAAGGCAAAGAUGGAGGAUAAAAAAUUGGAAGAUGAAAACGCCAUGAAACUUGUUGAAGAGGAGAAAGAGCGGCUUUACAAAACAAAAGAUGAGUUAGAAUUACAAAGACAGGAACUGCAGCAUCAACAAGCCAAGCUACAACGUAAGGAGGAAGAGCUUAAACAACAACAGGUUCAGACACAAAUAGAUAAGAUGAAGGAACAGAGACAAUUGGAAGAACUGAAGAAGGAUAUGGACAGAAGAGAACAAGAAACCAAUGCAGCAAUGAGACAUAUAAAUGAAGAAAAACAACAGCUUGAUGAAAACAGAAGAAAUUUACAAAUUGAAAGAGAAAAGAUCAAUGUAUUGAAGGAACAGAUGCAAGAUAAAAAAGUGGAAGUUGAAAACACCAUGAAACGUGUUGAUGAGGAGAAAGAACGGCUUUACAAAACAAAAAAUGAGUUGGAAUUACAAAGACAGGAAUUACGGUAUCAACAUGAUGAGCUUAAACAUAAGGAGGAAGAGCUUAAACAACAAAAACAAGAAUUAGUACACAAAAAACUAGAGGCCCAAAUCAAAGAGCUGGGCAGCUUCACUGUGUUACUGCAGGCUGAACGACAACAGGUGGAAGUGAUAAGGAAAGAUUUAGAGAGAAAAAGACAAGAGACGGAGAUGGCUAGGAGACAAGUUGAUGAAGAUAAACAGCAGCUUGAGCAAAUAAGGGCAGAAGUUUCCAAAAUGAGACAAGAUGAACAACAAAAAGAUAAAGAACAGAUGGAAGUGGUCCAUAAAAGUUCAGAUCUGGAGUCCGCUUGGGAGGAGAUCAGAGAGCAGAGACAUCAGCUCAAUUUGAAGAAUAAGACUUUGGACAUGGACAGGCUAAUGCUACAGAAAGAACAGGAGCAGAUGGACACAGAGCUGAAGACAAGGCAAGAGCAGAUUCGCAAUGUGAUGGGGCAUCUGAGCCAACUGAGAGAAGUCCUGCAACACAAGAGAAACACAUUACAACUUCACAUACACGACAUGGACAAACUGAGGCAGAAGCUCACAGCUCUGGUCCAGGACAGAGACAAGAUGGCCGACUUCAAUCAGUUCUUUGGGAGACAACAAAGUAGUAUUAAAAAGACACUGACUUUACUCAUUGAACAAAAGCAAGUGGAGACAAUGAGCUCAGAAGUGAAGCAGCAGAGACAGGAGGUGGAACAAGAGAAGAGCAAGAUGGACAGAGAGAAAGAGGAGCUACAAAGGAUGAUGCAACAAACAGGAGAGAUGAUUCAAAAGUCAGUUGAGACAGUGUUUUUCUUCAAAACCAAGUUUCAGUCACAAUUUGAUCAUUUGGACAGUAUCCUUUCUGAGAUAAAGAAGGAGAAAAACAAGAUAGCAGACAUUUACAUUCAAAGAGAUCAACUUAAAGAUAACAUAAGUACUUUAGUUUUCAAGCUCAAAGAACUAAAGCUACAAGAUGAAAGUGUGCCAAGUCAAGCGGAACAGAUGAGAUUGGAGCUAAACCAGAUAAGAGAAGAAAAAGAGGGAGCCAUGGAAGCCAUCAAAGCAGAGAGACAACAGUUGAAUGAAAUUAGAACCAAAAUAAAACUGGAGAAACAAACAAUUAUGGAAGAAAAACAAAACAUGCAAACUGGACUGUCUGAGAUUCAAUCCAAGAAAGAUGAGUUUUUAAAAUCAAAAAAUAUUGUAAGGGAGAAAUUGCAAAGGUUUACAGAAAAGGUUAGAGAUAAUGUCAACAGUCAAAUGAACACUUUACAAAAUAAUAAUCAGAAAGUGCAGCAGCUGUAUUCGGAAUUGGAACAAAAAUUGAAAGAUGUUGAAGAUUAUAAACAGAAAAUGUAUAACUUCGCCAAACUGUUCAAAGCAUCAGACUUAAAAGAACGUCAACAAAACAUAAAGGAAGAAGACAAUAUUCAAAAACAAAAGGCAGAACUGAUGGAAGAAAAACUCAAUAUGGAAAAAGAAAGAGAGAUUUUGAACCAAGAGAAAUCACAGCUUGAACAGAUGAGAGCAGAUGUCUACAGUAUUAUGCGCACGAUUCAAAAUUACACAUUAUCAAUACAAAAGGAUAAGAACAACCUUGUAAUUCAAUCAAAAGAUCUAGAAAUGAACAAACAGAAUGCAUACCAUCUGCGUGAAGAGUUAAACAGAGAAAAAGAUCAGACUGACAAAAUGAAAAUGCUUCUUCUAUCAACAAAAGGUAAAGUUGAAAAUCUGGUGGACAGUUUAUUAGCUGAAAAACAUCAACUGCAAACAUGGAGACAAGAGAAUGAAGCUCAAAUGGAUGUAAUCAGAACAGAAAAACAAGAGCUUAGUCAAAUGAAUGCCACUAUGGAGUUGGAGAGACUAAGGCUUGACGAUGAAAAAGAGAGGAUACAAAAGGACAUUAUUGAACUGAAAGUCAGGGAAGAAUUGGUGGUGAACAGGUUCAAAAUGAUAUCGGACAAAAUCAAGUUUCUUAUUGAGAGAAAAGUCAAAGGUAUUGACAAAAUUAACCAAAAACUUGAACAUCAGACCCAAGAAAUCCAAAUUAUCUGCAAUGAACUAACUGAAAAACAGGAGGAGGUUCAUCAACAAAGGGACAAGUUGCUGAGUUAUGUAUUUAAAUCAGAAAUUGGCCCACUGAAGUUUACUGUUUCCAAUCUGGCAACGCAACAAGAAGCGAUGAGAACCAAACUGCAGGAAACAUCAUCAAUGGGUAAACAGGAUUUUGAAAGAUUUAAAGUACAGAUUCUGCGGAAAGUGUCUGAUCUGGAAAAAGUGAGUGAUAUGAUGAUGAGAGAAAGGCAAAGUUUGGAAGAAAUGAAAGAAUACAUUGAAAAGCAAAUGAAGGAGUUUAACAGCAGCAAAGGCCAAAUUGAAGAAAUGAAAUCAGAGUUAGACAAAACCAGGAUUGAGGUACUGGACAAAAAUGGGCAUAUAGUUGAAGUUGUGAAUGAAAUAAAUCAGAAACAGGAUGAAAUUAGCCAUAAUCUGAUACAACUGAAAGCACAAAAAGAUCAAUUUGAAAGAUUUGUAAGUAACUUUGCCAAAAAAGUGAAAGAAGUUUCAGAUAACAAUGUACAAACACAACUAUUGGAAGUACAGCGAGAGAAUGUGAAUCUACAAGAGGUUCAAGAACAAGUACAAGGUUUACAGAAUAACCUAAAUGCUAUGAUCAUCCGUGUUAAGGGAGCACUCAAUCAAAUUUCCAAAGAAAAAGAGCAAAUUGGUCAGGAAUGGACUUGGAUUCGAUCAGAAAGAGAUAUGCUACAAAAUGAAAGAGAAGAAAACACUCAAGAGUCAUCGGCCCUGAAAUACAAAGAGGAUCAGAUUCAAAAAAUGUCCAAAGAACUGAAGCAGCUGAAUGCAAACAUACAGAAAGACAUCAAACUUAAAAUGGACAAAAUGGAGAAUAGCAGCCAGAUGCUACUUGAAUUGCGCAACAACUUUGAACAAAAUCAAAAUGAUCUUGAACAGCAGAAAGAAACACUUGCAAGUCUCUUUGGGGUUUUAAAGAGAGAACGGGAAAGUAUAUCCAAAACACUGACAGGCAUAACUGACCAAAGAAAACACAUAGAACAGCAAUGGAACCAACAGAUUGAGUCUGAAACUAAAAUAAUUGAACAACUCAAGUCAAAAUUACAAGAAGAGAAAGACGAGUUUGAAAAGAAGGUGAAAAUGCUCGACAAGGAGAGAAAUAACUUGGAAUUGUCAAGAUUGGAUAUUCACAAACAACGUGAUCUGAUGAUGAACAAUAAGAAGACAAUACAUAUGGGACUUAGCCAGUUACAAGUGACCACAGCCAAACUGCAAAGUGCGAAGGAAGAUAUCCAUAAAGCGUUCAAUAUUAUAAAAACAGAGAAAGCCAAUAUGACACAACUAGCUCUACAAACGCACAAGGCACAAAAUGACAUUCAAAUGUGUCUAAAACUCUUUGCUCUAAAAGACAAAGAAUUAGACCAACGAGAGGACAAUAUAAGAACAUUAUCUGAAGAGCUUCAAAGUCAGCAUAGUAUAAUACAAGCAGAUAGACAACAACUGGAGAAGGUUAAGGAAGAAUUUAACAAGAGCAAGCAGGAGGUAGCAGAGUCAUGGGACAGCAUUAGUGAACAGAGAAUGCAAAUUACUAAAAUCAAAGCUGAACUUGACUUGGAGAGACGGAUGCUUCUAACUGACAAAGAAAAAGUGCAAGAACAACUACAUGAAGUCCAGUCUAAAGAAAAUUAUCUUUUGGGUAAAACCAAACUUGUGCAAAGUAUGGGUGAAAGACUUAAACAUUUGAUUGAAAAGAUGAGAAGCAAAAUAUCUCAAGCUGAAGUGAGUGACAAGCUUGUACUUAAGCAGGUUGCGUUGUUGGCAAACUUUUCUGAGAAAAUUGAGGAAAACAGAGAUCGAAUUAAUUUAUACAUUGAUGGAUUUCAACAGGAAAAACAAACACUCUGUGAAAUCAUACCAGCCAUGCUCAAAAAGAUUCGUGAGGGAAUAGCAGAUGUGGAGAAAGAGAAAUUUGACAUACAUUCUAAGAAAAAAGAGGUCCAAAUGUACAUUGACUUAUUCAAACAAAAUAAAGCAGACAUUAUAAGGGAGAGAGACCAGUUGCAUGAGACGAAUACUGAACUUCUUAAGCAAAAAGAACAUACUGAUCAUCUACUGAACGAGGUCAACACUGAGAAGAGUAACCUACAGUACAUGGCUGCGCAGAUUGAUGUUCAAAAACAAAAUCUAAAGACCAUUUUUGAUCAUUUUGUCUAUAAACAACAAGACCUAGAGCUAAAGAAGACAGAAGUAGACAGCCAGUACAGAGAGCUGAAGACCUCCAAUGAGAUGUUGAAACUGGAGCAACACCAAAUGGAAGAACUGAAGAAGGAACUGGAGAGAAAGAGACAAGACUCAGAAACUGCGAUGCGUUUGAUCGGUGAACAGAAUAUGCAACUGCAACAAAACAGGAGGAUAAUAGAAACUGAAAGAGAGGAAUUGGAUUCUCUGAAAAAGGGGGUGGAUAGAAGCAAAGGCGAAGUUGAGGCGGAAAAGAUAGAGUUAAAUAAAAUAAAAGCAGAAAUUGACCAGAGGAAACAAGAAAUUGACUUACAACAAGAGAAACUAAACAGAGAGAAGGAAUUACUGGACAGGGAGAAGGAACAAGUACACGCUCUCAUGAGGGACUUGGACAGAAGAGGAGAAGAAGCUGACGCCACCUUAAGACUCAUCAAUGAAGAGAAAUAUCAGCUUGAAGACAACAGAAGGAAAACACUAACUGAAAAACAGCAGCUGAAAAUGUUGAUGAAAGAAGUAAAUAGAAAAAGAAAGGAAAGUGAGGCAACUAUUAAGAUGAUCAAAGAGGAGAAAGAGCUGCUAGACAAACUUAGAAUGGAGCUGGAAAUUAAUAGACAGAAACUGGAACGAAAAGAAGAGGAACUUCAAAUCACAAGAGAUCAAACUGAAGUGGUCCAUAAAGAUCUGGAAACUGUUAGGGAGGAGAUUAAAGAGCAGAGGAAACAACUCAGUCUGAAGAACGACACUUUGGACAUGGACAGACUAAAUUUGCAGAAACAGCAGGAGCAGAUGGACACAGAGCUCAAGAUAAGACAAGAACAGAUCCACAACGUGACAGGGCAUCUGAGCCAUUUUAGAGAACUCCUCCAACACAACAGGAGCACGCUACAACUACACAUACAGGACAUGGACAAACUGAGGCAGCAGCUCACAGCUCUGGACCAGGACAGAGACAAGAUGGCCAACUACAAUCAGUUAUUUGAGAAACAAAAGAACAAUAUUAAAGAUGCACUGGCUCUCUUAAUUGGUCAUGAGCAAAAACAUCUACUGGAGAGACAGCAGGUGGAGACACUGAGCUCAGAAAUGAAGCAGCAGAGACAUGAGCUGGACCAAGAAAGAGAAAAAAUGGACAGAGAGAAAGAGGAGUUGAAAAACAUGAGGGCUGAUAUCAUGAAGAAGUUAGAGAAGAAUAAUGAUGAAAUAAAGAAGGAAAAAUACAUGCUCCAACAGACAAAUUUAAAAUUCCUGAAUCAGAAAGAACACAUUGACACUCUACUGGAGGUUGUGAGAUGUCAGAAAGCUGAGAUGGCUGCUCUGUUUAACGACAUAAGAGUUAAACUUCCGGAGGUUGCUAUCAAACUUGAGUUAAAACAAAAAGAACAAGAUCUCAAAGAAGAAGAGUUGACAAAACAAACCCAGGAAAUGCAAAUGUCUGAAAGCAAAUUAAAGACUGAAAGAGAACAACUUGAACCCUUGAAGCGAGAUCUCACAGAAAAGAGCGACAAAGCUGAAAAUGCUUUGAGCAAAAUCGAAAAGGAGAGGGAAUUACUCAGUCAAAAUAAGAAGGACAUUGACCAACAGAAGAAACUACUUCUGGAAGAAAAGCUUAAACUGGAAGAAGGCUGGACUGCGGUGCAAGUCAAGCAGAAUCAAAUAUUGAAUUCAGUGAGAAUGAUGGAAAAUUUAACUGCAAGGCUUAAAGAAUUAGUAAAAAGAACAUGUGAAGAUGCAAAAAUCAGGACUGAACUCUUGACUCAUGACAGCAUUCAACUCAUAGACCUACAACAAAAACUGAACAGUGAACAGAAGAAAUCUAUAGAGAAAGUUAAAAAUGAUCUGACAAAUGUAAUGACAAGCAUUGUAACACAUGGGACAAUGCAGAUGUCUUUAAUGGAAGCGUUGUCUACAGAAGAACAUAAGGAUAUCGAUGCUCUAAAUGAUAAAAUCAAGAAACAGAAAGUGUACGUGGAAUUAUUGUUGCUGAAAGUUGAAAAUGGUUUGACCGUGUUUGGAGUUGAAAAAGAGAGGCUGGAAAAAACUAAGGCUGAUUUACAGAUUAAGAAAGAAUGCGUUGAUCAAUUACUUCUUGAGAUUAACCAAAACAAACCCACCAUUAGCAAUUUGGAAUUUAGGAUGAAGACACAGAUACAACAAUUUAAGAGUGCAGCUAUCAAAACCAAAAUCCCACUUGAACAACUUGAAGGACAAAAUGUGGAUAUGCGAAGUGAAAAUGAAGUUAACUUGCUGAAAGUGGAAAUUCUUAAACACACAGAUCUCUUAGAAAUAACUCAACAUGCAAUGAAUGAGACAAAAAGUAAGUUGGAGAAUAGUAUGUCAGAGCUGGAAAACUGCAAACAACACACUAAUUGUAUUUUGCAUGACAUCAACACAGAAAAGUACAACAUUAAAGACAUAGUUGUACAAAUUUCCCAAAUGCGAGACACACUGAUUAAAAAGAUUAUACUGAAACAUGAAGAACUAGAAGCUAAAGAUGAAGACAUAAAACAGAAAUCACUUGAACUGGACCAAAUAUGGACUACUUUGUCAGCAGAGAAACAGGAAGUACUUGCAUUGAGACAAGAUCAAGAAACCACAAUGGAUGCAAUUAAAGCAGAUAGAGAAGAAGUCAUUCAAAUGCAGACUGAAGUCAAUAUGGAGAGUCUGAAAUUGGAGGAGGAUAAAAAGAGAUUGAAAAAUGACCUAAUUGCACUGGAAACAAAAGAACAGACACUUAUGGACAAGAUUACAUCAAUUGAAAACCUGAGAGUAAAAUUUGAAGAUCUGUAUGAGAGGAUGUGUGUAUAUGCCCAAACACAGCAAGAGACAGGAGAGGAGGGGGCUGGCACCAGCGUUGUAAGUGAAAUUAUUCAGACUGAAGGCGAGGUGGAAAAUGUAUAUGACAGAGAAAGACUGGAAAAACAGAUUUCUGAGCUGACAGCAAAAGAGAGCGAGUUCAGGGACGUAUUGGGUUCCAUGGAAACGGCGAGGGCAAAAGUCCAACAGCAGAAUAAAAAGAUGGAUGAGCUACUGAAAAACAAACUGCGUGAUUUAGAGACGAGCAAAGACCGCAUUCAAAGGUUAUGUUAUGAUUUGGUGCAAAAGGGGGAAGAGCUAGAGGAAAAUAAACACAAAAUAGUAGAAUAUAAUCAAGUAUUGCUGAAGCAAAGGGAAGAUUUGAAAUCGGUGUCAUUCCAAACUGUCCCAGAACAAUAUAAGAAACUGGCAUUAAAAACAUGUGUGGACGCAGAGGCACAAACAGAACAUUUCUCAGUCAUGUUAGUUGUGAAAGAGGAGACAGAAAUCCCACAAUACAUGGACCAGCCCACCCAAACAGAAGAUACACAAAUAAUGUCAGAUGUGUUUACUCAAACUGACAUGGGAUUUCCAGAAGCAAUAGAGGACAAGAUGGAUGAGAACAUUGUGAUGUCUGAAGAACUUACAAACCAAAUUCAGAUUUUCGAAGCUAGUAAAUAUUUAGUACAAGAUGGGAAACGCAACUUGGACAAACUCCAAAAAGAGCUAAGAAUUCAGUGUCAAAAUCUUACAAAGCUUUUUGAAGAUAUUAACAAAGAAAAAACUGCCAUACAAGAUUUAGCUUUUCAAGUUCAGGCUAACCAUGAGGAACUCAAGAAAAAAUGUGGACAAAUAGUAAAUCUGCAGGGUAAUAUUUCUUUAGAAGAAUCUCAAAGUGGAGAGGAAAAGGAGCAAGACAUUAAAACUGCUACUGAAAGCAUUAGACUUGACAGAGAAUACAUGGCUGAAAUGAAAACCAUAUCUGACAUUCAGAAGACAAUGCUUUUCAGUGAGAAGAAUGAGAUAGAGCAAAAGAUGUCAGCACUUCUUACAAAAGAGGAAGAUAUUCAGGAACAACUCAAACUGAUCAGUUCAUUGUUAGACAAACUGAAAGAGUUCAUUGACAGGACAAAGAAUAAGAUUCAAAAAAAGAUAACAGAACUGAAAGAAAACUCAGACCAUAUUUUUACAUUAUCCACUUUAUUGGAGCAAAGAUGUGCUGAUAUGGAUCAAGUUAAAAACAAGAUGUCUAGUUUUGCUGAAAUGUUGAAGGAAGAAAUGAGAGAAAUCUUUGAAAUAAAAAAUGUUCAGAGAGAUCAGUUGAGAAGUGUGGUAUGUGAAGACCAAAGGGCUGUCGAGUUGGUGGAUGAAAAGAAGGUGGCAGUCAUAGAUAAAACAGUAAAAGAUCUGAGUUUUGUGAAGGUCAUGGAAAGGAUCAAAUCUGAGGUGGAAUCAACUAUAAAGGAACUUAGAAACCAUAAAGAUGAUAUCGACACUGUUCUGAAAGACAUUCGAAAUGAGAAGUCCAAAACUGGAAUAGAGAGGAAAAAUGUUGCUCAAAUUAGGAUUAAAAUACAGAUGGGGAAAGAUAUAAUGGAAAGAAAAAUAUUGGAGAUCAGGCAUAAUGAAGAAAAACUAACAGCUAAAAUGCAAAGUAUGGAAAUUAUUCAUAAAAAACUGAAAUUGCUCAAUGAAAAGAUGUAUGAGAAUGUCACGCAUCAAAUGAACGUACUGCAAGGGAACAACCAACGAGUGUCAACACUGUGCUCAGAUUUGGAACAGAAAAUGGCAGAAAUCCUCAAAAAUAAAGAGAAAAUUUUAAGCUACGAACAACUAUUGAAAACCAGAGCCCAUAAAGUUGAAACAAAGAGCGAAGAUGUAUCUGGAAAACAGGCUGAACUGUCUGUAAGUGAGUAUCUUGAUAUUCAAAUGGAAGGCCCAACAGAUAUUAAAGAAAAAGAAGAAACAAUUUGUCGAGAUCAGUUCCAACUUAAGAUAAUCAUGGGCUUAUUGCAACAGCAGAUUCUUACUUUAAAGGACGAAAAGGACAAAAUGCAAAUCAUUACAGAGGAGCUAAGCAUGAAAAACAAAAAUAUGCACAUGUUUCUACGGGAUCUACAGACAGAAAAAGAUAAAAUUAAGAAAAUGAAAGGGCAACUUCAGACACUAAAUAUUAAAAUACAAAGUCUGGUGACAAAUUUGGAUCUGAAACUAGCAGAACUAAGGCAUAAGGCUGAGAAAGUGAAACAGGAAGUAACCUUAGCAAUUGAUACACAGCAAAUGCAACAGGAUAUGGUUGCCAUGACUCUAGAAUCCCAAGAGCCCAGUCCAGAGAGGAGGCUAGAAGAAAACACAAAUAUAAUGAGACUAAGAGAAGAGGAACUAAAAGAAAAUAGAGCAAAAUUACAACAGCUAAAAGAAAAACUGUGUAAUGAUCUACAAAUUAAAGCAAAAAGAUUAAAACAAGACACAGAAGCAGUGGAAAAAAUGAUUGAUACAUUUAAAAACAAUCAACAAGUUUUGGUUGGAUUUAGUGAUUUGCUGAACACACAGAUAGAAAAAAUUAAGUUUCUAUUAGUAAGUGCAAUUGGGGCAGAUAAAAUAAAAAAGCAAGACAAGAUGAGAAGGUUUGAGGAUGAAGAGAAAGCUAACAACAAACAAGAACUAGGGCGAACUAGGACUAAAGUUGAUCUCCAAAAAUUUGAAAGACUUAAAGAAGACAUCAUAAAAAAGUUAAACCAGAUCCUUAAGCAGAGGGAAGUCACUGAAAUUAUUUUGGAGAAGGUCUAUGGAAACAAGAAAAACAUCCAAGACACGGCUACACAGAUUCACUCUCAAAAACGACAACUUGAAAUUGCCAUUCAUGAAUUUAAGAUGAAGCAAAAUGAACUAGUGAGACAACAGCAAGAGGUUAACAUGUCCAAAGAGUUGUUGACGGCAGAUAGAGAACAAGUAGAAGAGUUGAGAAAACAACUGGAGACUAAAAGACAAGAAGCAGACACAACUAUGAUAAUACUCAAUCAGGAGAGACUGCAGCUUAUAGAAAACAGACAGACAUUACAAGUUGAAAGAGAAGAACUGAACCGUAACAGAGAACAGUUUGACGCUGCUCUGAAGACCAUUGAUAACGAGAAAAAGCAACUUCUAAAAAUGGAGGCCGAAAUGGACAUGCAGAGACUGGAAGGACAGAUGAAAAAUGAAGCAACCAGACAUGAGGAGAGCCUCAAAUACAGUGAACUGAUGAAGGCUAAAAGAGAACUGGAGGAUCAGAAGGAGGACCUGGAGAGAAAAAGAAAAAAGGUUGAGGCAACAAUGUCUAUUAUUGAGAAAGACAAAGGUCAGAUUCAAGAACAAAGCAGAAGAUUACAAAUGGACAAAGAACAACUGGAAAUCCUAAUGGAGAUUGUGAGCAGGCAAUGGAAAGAAGCUGCAGAGUCAAAGGCCCUCAUCAGUGAAGAAAAGCAAAAACUUCAACAACAGAACACAAAAAUGGAAGAGAAGAGACAGAAACAACAAGAACUGAAAGUCACUACAGAACUACUCAUCAGGAAACAGGAAGUCGAACGCCAACAAGACGACUUGAAUCAACAACUAAAGCAAAGACAAAAUGAACUGGAGACACAAUUUAAAGAACUCCAAUCUUACAGCCAGCUGUGGCAGGUAGAGAAACAACAAUUGGAGAAGCUGAGAAAAGACCUGGAUCGAGAGAGGACAGAAUCAAAAACUGCUAUGAACCUUUACAAUAUAGAGAAAGAACAAAUAAAGGAGAGAGGAAGAAAACUACAAGUUGAAAAGGAAAAUUUGGAAACAUUAAUGGAGGAUAUGACAUGGCAACAAAAAGAAAUUACAGAAGCAAUGGCCAACAUCAGUGAAGAGAAAAAACAGCUUCAGGAAGACAGGAUGAAAUCAGAAAGUGACAAAGAACAAGUGGAGGCCUUGAUGGAAGACGUGAAUAACAAAAAUCUUGAGAUUGAGGCUGCUAAGAGACACAUCAACGAAGAGAACGACAAGCUAUUGAAAAUGUGGUCAGAACUGGACAUGAGGAAACAGGAAGUCGAACGCCAACAAGAUGACCUGAAACAACAACUAGAGCAAAGACAAAAUGAACUGGAGACACGAUUUAAAGAACUCCAAUCUUACAGCGAACUGUGGCAGGUAGAGAAACAACAAUUGGAGGAGCUAAGAAAAGACCUGGAUCGAGAGAGGUCAGAAAGUAAGGCUGCUAUAAACCUCUACAAUGAAGAGAAAGAACAAACUGAGGAAAGAGGAAGAAAACUACAAGUUGAAAAGGAAAACGUUGAAAUGAUAUUGGAGGAUGUAACCAGGCAACGAGAAGCAGCUGCAGAAGCAAUGUCCGUCAUCAAUGAAGAUAAAGAAAAACUUCAACAACAGAAUGCAGAGUUGGAGGAGAAGAUACAGGAAAUACAGAGAGAAAAGGAUUCCUUGAAACAACAAGAACUCAGAGUCACUACAGAACUAGAGUUGAGAAAAAAUGAACUGGAGACACAAACUGAAGAGCUGCAAUCUUCCAAUGAGUUGCUACAGAAAGACAGAAAACAGUUGGAAGAAUCAACGAAGGAACUAGACAGACAAAGACAAGAACAGGAAGUAGCCAUGAGCCUCAUAAAUGAAGAGAAACAGCAGCUUGAAGAGGACAGGAUGAAAUCAGAACGUGACAAAGAACAAGUGGAGGCCUUGAUGGAAGACGUGAAUAAUAAAAAUUUUGAGAUUGAGGCUGCUAAGAGACACAUCGACGAAGAGAAAGACAAGCUAUUGAAAAUGAGGGCAGAACUAGACAUGAGGAAACAGGAAGUCGAACACCAACAAGACAACCUGAAACAAGAACUAGAGCAAAGACAAAAUGAACUGGAGACACGAUUUAAAGAACUCCAAUCUUACAGCCAGCUGUGGAAGGUAGAGAAACAACAAUUGGAGGAGCUGAGAAAAGACCUAGAUCGAGAGAGGUCAGAAAGUAAGGCUGCUAUAAACCUCUACAAUGAAGAGAAAGAACAAAUAAAGGAGGGAGGAAGAAAACUACAAGUUGAAAAGGAAAAUCUGGAAACAUUAAUGGAGGAUGUGACCUGGCAACGAAAAGAAAUUACAGAAGCAAUGGCCAACAUCAGUGAAGAGAAACAACAGCUUCAGGAAGACAGGAUGAAAUCAGAAAGUGACAAAGAACAAGUGGAGGCCUUGAUGGAAGAAGUGAAAAAUAAGAAUUUAGAGAUUGAGGCUGCCAAGAGUAACAUCGAUGAAGAAAAAGAGCAGCUAUUGAAAAUGAGGGCAGAACUGGACAUGAGGAAACAGGAAGUCGAACGCCAACAAGACAACCUGAAACAACAACUAGAGCUAAGACAAAAUGAACAGGAGACACGAUUUGAAGAACUCCAAUCUUACAGCCAGCUGUGGAAGGUAGAGAAAGAACAAUUGGAGGAGCUGAGAAAAGACCUGGAUCGAGAGAGGACAGAAAGUAAGGCUGCUAUAAACCUCUACAAUGAAGAGAAAGAACAAAUAAAGGAGAGAGGAAGAAAACUACAAGUUGAAAAGGAAAACGUUGAAAUGUUAUUGGAGGAGGUAACCAGGCAACGAGAAGCAGCUGCAGAAGCAAUGUCCGUCAUCAAUGAAGAUAAAGAAAAACUUCAACAACAGAAUGCAGAGUUGGAGGAGAAGAUACAGGAAAUACAGAGAGAAAAGGAUUCCUUGAAACAACAAGAACUCAGAGUCACUACAGAAGUAGAGUUGAGAAAAAAUGAACUGGAGACACAAAUUGAAGAGCUGCGAUCUUCCAAUGAGUUGCUACAGAAAGACAGAAAACAGUUGGAAGAAGCAACGAAGGAACUAGACAGACAAAGACAAGAACAGGAAGUAGCCAUGAGCCUCAUAAAUGAAGAGAAACAGCAGCUUGAGGAAGACAGGAUGAAAUCAGAACGUGACAAAGAACAAGUGGAGGCCUUGAUGAAAGACGUGAAUAAUAAAAAUUUUGAGAUUGAGGCUGCUAAGAGACACAUCGACGAAGAGAAAGACAAGCUAUUGAAAAUGAGGGCAGAACUGGACAUGAGGAAACAGGAAGUCGAACGCCAACAAGACGACCUGAAACAACAACUAGAGCAAAGACAAAAUGAACUGGAGACACGAUUUAAAGAACUCCAAUCUUACAGCCAGCUGUGGAAGGUAGAGAAACAACAAUUGGAGGAGCUGAGAAAAGACCUAGAUGGAGAGAGGUCAGAAAGUAAGGCUGCUAUAAACCUCUACAAUGAAGAGAAAGAACAAAUAAAGGAGGGAGGAAGAAAACUACAAGUUGAAAAGGAAAAUUUGGAAACAUUAAUGGAGGAUGUGACCUGGCAACGAAAAGAAAUUACAGAAGCAAUGGCCAACAUCAGUGAAGAGAAACAACAGCUUCAGGAAGACUGGAUGAAAUCAGAAAGUGACAAAGAACAAGUGGAGGCCUUGAUGGAAGAAGUGAAAAAUAAAAGUUUAGAGAUUGAGGCUGCCAAGAGUAACAUCGAUGAAGAAAAAGAGCAGCUAUUGAAAAUGAGGGCAGAACUGGACAUGAGGAAACAGGAAGUCGAACGCCAACAAGACAACCUGAAACAACAACUAGAGCUAAGACAAAAUCAACUGGAGACACGAUUUGAAGAACUCCAAUCUUACAGCCAGCUGUGGAAGGUAGAGAAACAACAAUUGGAGGAGCUGAGAAAAGACCUGGAUCGAAAGAGGACAGAAAGUAAGGCUGCUAUAAACCUCUACAAUGAAGAGAAAGAACAAAUAAAGGAGAGAGGAAGAAAACUACAAGUUGAAAAGGAAAACGUUGAAAUGUUAUUGGAGGAUGUAACCAGGCAACGAGAAGCAGCUGCAGAAGCAAUGUCCGUCAUCAAUGAAGAUAAAGAAAAACUUCAACAACAGAAUGCAGAGUUGGAGGAGAAGAUACAGGAAAUACAGAGAGAAAAGGAUUCCUUGAAACAACAUGAACUCAGAGUCACUACAGAACUAGAGUUGAGAAAAAAUGAACUGGAGACACAAACUGAAGAGCUGCAAUCUUCCAAUGAGUUGCUACUGAAAGACAGAAAACAGUUGGAAGAAUCAACGAAGGAACUAGACAGACAAAGACAAGAACAGGAAGUAGCCAUGAGCCUCAUAAAUGAAGAGAAACAGCAGCUUGAGGAAGACAGGAUGAAAUCAGAACGUGACAAAGAACAAGUGGAGGCCUUGAUGGAAGACGUGAAUAAUACAAAUUUUGAGAUUGAGGCUGCUAAGAGACACGUCGACGAAGAGAAAGACAAGCUAUUGAAAAUGAGGGCAGAACUGGACAUGAGGAAACAGGAAGUCGAACGCCAACAAGACGACCUGAAACAACAACUAGAGCAAAGACAAAAUGAACUGGAGACACGAUUUAAAGAUCUCCAAUCUUACAGCCAGCUGUGGCAGGUAGAGAAACAACAAUUGGAGGAGCUGAGAAAAGACCUGGAUCGAGAGAGGUCAGAAAGUAAGGCUGCUAUAAACCUCUACAAUGAAGAGAAAGAACAAAUAAAGGAGGGAGGAAGAAAACUACAAGUUGAAAAGGAAAAUUUGGAAACAUUAAUGGAGGAUGUGACCUGGCAACGAAAAGAAAUUACAGAAGCAAUGGCCAACAUCAGUGAAGAGAAACAACAGCUUCAGGAAGACAGGAUGAAAUCAGAAAGUGACAAAGAACAAGUGGAGGCCUUGAUGGAAGAAGUGAAAAAUAAGAGUUUAGAGAUUGAGGCUGCCAAGAGUAACAUCGAUGAAGAAAAAGAGCAGCUAUUGAAAAUGAGGGCAGAACUGGACAUGAGGAAACAGGAAGUCGAACGCCAACAAGACAACCUGAAACAACAACUAGAGCUAAGACAAAAUGAACAGGAGACACGAUUUGAAGAACUCCAAUCUUACAGCCAGCUGUGGAAGGUAGAGAAAGAACAAUUGGAGGAGCUGAGAAAAGACCUGGAUCGAGAGAGGACAGAAAGUAAGGCUGCUAUAAACCUCUACAAUGAAGAGAAAGAACAAAUAAAGGAGAGAGGAAGAAAACUACAAGUUGAAAAGGAAAACGUUGAAAUGUUAUUGGAGGAGGUAACCAGGCAACGAGAAGCAGCUGCAGAAGCAAUGUCCGUCAUCAAUGAAGAUAAAGAAAAACUUCAACAACAGAAUGCAGAGUUGGAGGAGAAGAUACAGGAAAUACAGAGAGAAAAGGAUUCCUUGAAACAACAAGAACUCAGAGUCACUACAGAACUAGAGUUGAGAAAAAAUGAACUGGAGACACAAACUGAAGAGCUGCAAUCUUCCAAUGAGUUGCUACUGAAAGACAGAAAACAGUUGGAAGAAUCAACGAAGGAACUAGACAGACAAAGACAAGAACAGGAAGUAGCCAUGAGCCUCAUAAAUGAAGAGAAACAGCAGCUUGAGGAAGACAGGAUGAAAUCAGAACGUGACAAAGAACAAGUGGAGGCCUUGAUGGAAGACGUGAAUAAUACAAAUUUUGAGAUUGAGGCUGCUAAGAGACACGUCGACGAAGAGAAAGACAAGCUAUUGAAAAUGAGGGCAGAACUGGACAUGAGGAAACAGGAAGUCGAACGCCAACAAGACGACCUGAAACAACAACUAGAGCAAAGACAAAAUGAACUGGAGACACGAUUUAAAGAUCUCCAAUCUUACAGCCAGCUGUGGCAGGUAGAGAAACAACAAUUGGAGGAGCUGAGAAAAGACCUGGAUCGAGAGAGGUCAGAAAGUAAGGCUGCUAUAAACCUCUACAAUGAAGAGAAAGAACAAAUAAAGGAGGGAGGAAGAAAACUACAAGUUGAAAAGGAAAAUCUGGAAACAUUAAUGGAGGAUGUGACCUGGCAACGAAAAGAAAUUACAGAAGCAAUGGCCAACAUCAGUGAAGAGAAACAACAGCUUCAGGAAGACAGGAUGAAAUCAGAAAGUGACAAAGAACAAGUGGAGGCCUUGAUGGAAGAAGUGAAAAAUAAGAGUUUAGAGAUUGAGGCUGCCAAGAGUAACAUCGAUGAAGAAAAAGAGCAGCUAUUGAAAAUGAGGGCAGAACUGGACAUGAGGAAACAGGAAGUCGAACGCCAACAAGACAACCUGAAACAACAACUAGAGCUAAGACAAAAUGAACAGGAGACACGAUUUGAAGAACUCCAAUCUUACAGCCAGCUGUGGAAGGUAGAGAAAGAACAAUUGGAGGAGCUGAGAAAAGACCUGGAUCGAGAGAGGACAGAAAGUAAGGCUGCUAUAAACCUCUACAAUGAAGAGAAAGAACAAAUAAAGGAGAGAGGAAGAAAACUACAAGUUGAAAAGGAAAACGUUGAAAUGUUAUUGGAGGAGGUAACCAGGCAACGAGAAGCAGCUGCAGAAGCAAUGUCCGUCAUCAAUGAAGAUAAAGAAAAACUUCAACAACAGAAUGCAGAGUUGGAGGAGAAGAUACAGGAAAUACAGAGAGAAAAGGAUUCCUUGAAACAACAAGAACUCAGAGUCACUACAGAAGUAGAGUUGAGAAAAAAUGAACUGGAGACACAAAUUGAAGAGCUGCGAUCUUCCAAUGAGUUGCUACAGAAAGACAGAAAACAGUUGGAAGAAGCAACGAAGGAACUAGACAGACAAAGACAAGAACAGGAAGUAGCCAUGAGCCUCAUAAAUGAAGAGAAACAGCAGCUUGAGGAAGACAGGAUGAAAUCAGAACGUGACAAAGAACAAGUGGAGGCCUUGAUGAAAGACGUGAAUAAUAAAAAUUUUGAGAUUGAGGCUGCUAAGAGACACAUCGACGAAGAGAAAGACAAGCUAUUGAAAAUGAGGGCAGAACUGGACAUGAGGAAACAGGAAGUCGAACGCCAACAAGACGACCUGAAACAACAACUAGAGCAAAGACAAAAUGAACUGGAGACACGAUUUAAAGAACUCCAAUCUUACAGCCAGCUGUGGAAGGUAGAGAAACAACAAUUGGAGGAGCUGAGAAAAGACCUAGAUGGAGAGAGGUCAGAAAGUAAGGCUGCUAUAAACCUCUACAAUGAAGAGAAAGAACAAAUAAAGGAGGGAGGAAGAAAACUACAAGUUGAAAAGGAAAAUUUGGAAACAUUAAUGGAGGAUGUGACCUGGCAACGAAAAGAAAUUACAGAAGCAAUGGCCAACAUCAGUGAAGAGAAACAACAGCUUCAGGAAGACAGGAUGAAAUCAGAAAGUGACAAAGAACAAGUGGAGGCCUUGAUGGAAGAAGUGAAAAAUAAAAGUUUAGAGAUUGAGGCUGCCAAGAGUAACAUCGAUGAAGAAAAAGAGCAGCUAUUGAAAAUGAGGGCAGAACUGGACAUGAGGAAACAGGAAGUCGAACGCCAACAAGACGACCUGAAACAACAACUAGAGCAAAGACAAAAUGAACUGGAGACACGAUUUAAAGAUCUCCAAUCUUACAGCCAGCUGUGGCAGGUAGAGAAACAACAAUUGGAGGAGCUGAGAAAAGACCUGGAUCGAGAGAGGUCAGAAAGUAAGGCUGCUAUAAACCUCUACAAUGAAGAGAAGGAACAAAUAAAGGAGGGAGGAAGAAAACUACAAGUUGAAAAGGAAAAUCUGGAAACAUUAAUGGAGGAUGUGACCUGGCAACGAAAAGAAAUUACAGAAGCAAUGGCCAACAUCAGUGAAGAGAAACAACAGCUUCAGGAAGACAGGAUGAAAUCAGAAAGUGACAAAGAACAAGUGGAGGCCUUGAUGGAAGAAGUGAAAAAUAAGAGUUUAGAGAUUGAGGCUGCCAAGAGUAACAUCGAUGAAGAAAAAGAGCAGCUAUUGAAAAUGAGGGCAGAACUGGACAUGAGGAAACAGGAAGUCGAACGCCAACAAGACAACCUGAAACAACAACUAGAGCUAAGACAAAAUGAACAGGAGACACGAUUUGAAGAACUCCAAUCUUACAGCCAGCUGUGGAAGGUAGAGAAAGAACAAUUGGAGGAGCUGAGAAAAGACCUGGAUCGAGAGAGGACAGAAAGUAAGGCUGCUAUAAACCUCUACAAUGAAGAGAAAGAACAAAUAAAGGAGAGAGGAAGAAAACUACAAGUUGAAAAGGAAAACGUUGAAAUGUUAUUGGAGGAGGUAACCAGGCAACGAGAAGCAGCUGCAGAAGCAAUGUCCGUCAUCAAUGAAGAUAAAGAAAAACUUCAACAACAGAAUGCAGAGUUGGAGGAGAAGAUACAGGAAAUACAGAGAGAAAAGGAUUCCUUGAAACAACAAGAACUCAGAGUCACUACAGAAGUAGAGUUGAGAAAAAAUGAACUGGAGACACAAAUUGAAGAGCUGCGAUCUUCCAAUGAGUUGCUACAGAAAGACAGAAAACAGAUGGAAGAAGCAACGAAGGAACUAGACAGACAAAGACAAGAACAGGAAGUAGCCAUGAGCCUCAUAAAUGAAGAGAAACAGCAGCUUGAGGAAGACAGGAUGAAAUCAGAACGUGACAAAGAACAAGUGGAGGCCUUGAUGGAAGACGUGAAUAAUACAAAUUUUGAGAUUGAGGCUGCUAAGAGACACGUCGACGAAGAGAAAGACAAGCUAUUGAAAAUGAGGGCAGAACUGGACAUGAGGAAACAGGAAGUCGAACGCCAACAAGACGACCUGAAACAACAACUAGAGCAAAGACAAAAUGAACUGGAGACACGAUUUAAAGAUCUCCAAUCUUACAGCCAGCUGUGGCAGGUAGAGAAACAACAAUUGGAGGAGCUGAGAAAAGACCUGGAUCGAGAGAGGUCAGAAAGUAAGGCUGCUAUAAACCUCUACAAUGAAGAGAAAGAACAAAUAAAGGAGGGAGGAAGAAAACUACAAGUUGAAAAGGAAAAUCUGGAAACAUUAAUGGAGGAUGUGACCUGGCAACGAAAAGAAAUUACAGAAGCAAUGGCCAACAUCAGUGAAGAGAAACAACAGCUUCAGGAAGACAGGAUGAAAUCAGAAAGUGACAAAGAACAAGUGGAGGCCUUGAUGGAAGAAGUGAAAAAUAAGAGUUUAGAGAUUGAGGCUGCCAAGAGUAACAUCGAUGAAGAAAAAGAGCAGCUAUUGAAAAUGAGGGCAGAACUGGACAUGAGGAAACAGGAAGUCGAACGCCAACAAGACAACCUGAAACAACAACUAGAGCUAAGACAAAAUCAACAUGGAGACACGAUUUGA